CUUCAUCACCCUGGGAUUUGCAAGUGGGGCCCUGAGGAAGAUUGAAGGAGGGAGGAGAGAAUGCAUGGAACACUCCGCACUCAUUGUCAGCAGUCCCACACCUGUUUACAACUGAAAUCUAGGCGUUGCCCUAAACAAACCGACCGCUCUCAAAUUAUUUGCUAUUUUUGAGGCUCUUAUUUUGUAUCCCACUGCAAAAUGACAAAGAUGUUGAUGCACGUUUUUAUCCUUUUUGGCGCAGUUGCAUUUGGAAACGCCAUCCGAUGCUACCAGUGUUCUUCUGCUCAAGAAGAAAAAGGUGUGGAUAAUUGUGGCGCAUAUGAUGAGUUCAAUCCAGAAAACCACAUUGCUGUUGACUGCAUCAGUGAUGAGUCGCACACCCCAGGAACUUUCUGCAUGAAAAUUACUCAGCAGGGACCAAUAGGAUUUAUUUGGGAUGGCAGGUGGCGGCAAGUUAUUAGGCGCUGCGCUUCUGUCUCUGACACGGGAGUUACCGGAGUCUGCAACUGGGGCGUUCACGAAAACGGUGUUUAUUGGGAGGAAUGCUACUGCUCUGAGGAUGGUUGUAACAGCUCAACUCACAUUCGCCCCACAAGUGCAAUUAUUGCUUUGUCGAUUUCCCUAGUUGCAUUUUUUGCUUGGCAUAGGUUGUAGUUUUAGAGACGUUAAGACAAGACAUAAGACACAUGUUGCUGUUAAAUUGAUAUCAUUCACAUCAAAUGAUACUUGAAGCUUUACCUCUUAGAAAUUGAUAUACAUUAUACAUUUCCUUUAAAGUGAAGAUCUCUUUGAGCAACUCAAGAUUCACAACGAAACGAUUCCGUCCAAUCGCAAAAUAAAUUUUUAUACAAACAAUAAAAGAGCAUCAUAUAAGUAA